GCCUGUUCAUUCCAUCUCAUCUCUGUUGUCAGCAGCUAUAGAGCUCUCUGUGCUCCGUCCUGGAACUAACUGGAGAGCAAAGAGUCAGAGACAGAUCUAAAGAGAGAGACAGAAACUUGGCAAAGAGAAGAGCCCCCAAAAGAGAACAGAAGAGACACUGAAAAACCUGGCGUGAAGAGAGAGAGAACCCUAGUCAGAUUAAAAGAGAGCUCCUCCUUCCUGCCCCUUCCUCAUCCCCUCACCUAGGUUCCUGGCUUGUAGGUUCAAUUUGCUCUCUUGGGGUUCUACCCUUUGGGGCAUGCAGAGGCUCAGACACUAGUCUCUCUGCCUUUUAGGUCCCCCUAGACUUCCAUCUUCCCAUCAUGUCAGUUGCUGUAGAGACAUUUGGAUUCUUCCUGGGUGUGCUGGGGCUGCUGAUGCUCGGAGUGACACUUCCCAACAGCUAUUGGCGUGUGUCUUCUGUCCAUGGCAAUGUCAUUACAACAUCGACCAUCUUUGAGAACCUCUGGUACAGCUGCGCCACAGACUCCACUGGUGUCUACAACUGCUGGGAGUUUCCCUCCAUGCUUGCCCUUUCUGGAACCAUCCAGGCUUGCCGGGCACUCAUGAUCACCGCCAUCCUUUUGGGCUUCCUGGGCCUCUUUCUAGGCAUUGUUGGCCUGCGCUGUACACAGGUUGGGUCUCUGACUCCUGAAGGCAAGGCCAAGCUAGCUGCUACUGCAGGAGCCCUGGACAUACUGGCUGGUAUUUGUGGGAUGGUGACCAUCUCCUGGUAUGCCUCUAACAUCACCCGAGAAUUCUUUGACCCCUUGCAUUCUGGAGCCAAGUAUGAACUGGGUCCUGCCUUGUAUCUAGGCUGGAGUGCCUCCCUACUCUGCAUCCUUGGGGGUAUCUGCCUCUGUAGCCACUGCUGCUGCCCACCAGAGAGGACUUCGAACAGUGACAAACGCUACAAGGCUCCCCUGUCUGUACUACCCUCCCUGGGCCAUGCUUCUCGUUUGGCCCCAGGGGAUUCAGGUAACAGUGAAGCAAGCUUCAGCAAAUACGGAAAAAAUGCCUACGUAUAGAGAGACUUAGGAGGUAGUAAAUUCUGCUGUCUUCUGUUGAACCAUCGUGGAGGGAACAAGAAAAGGGGUGUGAGCACCAGCCCUGAAGUCAGGAGGACCUGAGUUCCAAUGUGACCUCAGACACUUAACACUUUCUCGCUGUGUGACCCUGGACAAGUCACUUAACCCCAACUGCCUCAGGGGGGAAAAAAAAAGAAAGAAAAGGGAUAUGAGCUCUCCAAGUCAGACCUCAUCCCAUCGCUUCUGCUCCACUUCAAUUCUAAGCAAACUCCAAGCAUUCCACCAUAUAUCUAAACCCUACCUUUACUUUGCCGCCAGGCUUCACCUCAAAUGUCAUAUUCCGUCCCCUACAGAAAUGUCUGGUUGGACAGUUUUCUCAAUAUUGCCUCCUUCAUUGACUAGACUUUUGGAGAUACAGGAUGGGGGGGACCACUGAGUAUGUGAAUUUUGUAUAAAUAAAAGUUCAUAUUGCAACCAUA